AUAACGAAACUCGACACAUCAAAGGUGAUGUAUCAAGAAUCUAUAGAUAAAGAAUACAAAACGCUGUCUUCUGUGCCGAUCGGAGGCUUCCCAGUCAGAUUUCUGAGCAUUGAUGAACGGGACAAUGCUCAUUUUCCGCAGUCAUUGGAAGCGGUUGUGGGAACGCCUUUAUUCCUCGCCUGCGAUGUUCUGCCAGAGGUGGGCACCUGUGUUUUGAGGCAAAACCAAAUCAGAAUCCACCAGCGGUUUGCCAAGAUUGGGCUUGCUACUCGCAGGAAUAUAAUAGGUUUCAAGGUCGCCGGUGUGAACAACAGUAAAGUGAUGUGGUUCUAUAGUGUCGAAGGCGUCCUCCGAGUUCUGUUUGAGUUUGGAAAUAAGGCUAUGCAGAGAGAUUGUCUGAAAAGGCUAAGGAAACUCUGGUACAGCCGUUACGACGCACCACUGCUGGAAAUGGAGGGAGUAAUACAAUACACACAUACAGGUUCCAUUGAUCCACCGCUUGACGUGGACAUACGGACCAAGGAUAUAAACGAAAUACCAUCGUGUGGAAUGGCCAAUUCAGAAGAUGUUAUCAAGACAGCCAAAGAAUCUGCAAACCUAAGCUCCGACUUCAAGGAAAGUCUAACUUCGACUGGUGUUCUUUAUAUGCUUGAAUGUGCUGGGAUUUCUGUUGAACUUGCACACUCACUUACAACCAUGAUUUUUCAAUUACAUGAAGUGUAUUCACAAAAUAGGGAUCUUCAUGGUAUAGAUAUUGAAAUAAUUACCAAGUAUUUUUGCUUCUUUCAUUUUAUGUUAACUGGCAGUGGCCAUUAUGAUUCAGAAACUGACAAAGGAGUAUUUAAGUUCAUUGAAAAUUUUGUGCAAUUAUUCAGCGGUGAAGAUAUAAGUAGUAUUCCUAUGGACAAAUCACUCUCAACUCCAGAAGGCAUAACCGAAGAACACUUCAAACUUUUGUAUAUUGUAAGCCACUGGCUUGGUAUGGAGUAUAGGAAAUUGAAACCACUUAUUCAAAACAAUGUAGAUCAGUUCAAGAGACAAAACAUUCACUCUAUUGACACACUACCACCAAGUGAAGCCAUCAUUGAUGACUUAUUUCCAGUGUUCAUGAAGCAACUGCUAGUUAAUUGGACUGAUGUUGAUGACAGUGUGACAGAAGAUGACACAGAGGAUGAGAAUAUUGAUGAACAUAGUUAUUCAACAGCAGGAUUUUCUAAACAGCUAAAAUUGGUUCAAGUGAUACUGGAACUUGCGACAGGCAGUCUCAUUUCUGCGACAUCACAUUUUGUGAAUUAUAAAUGCAGCAUAUGAAUGAUGGUUUGAGCUGCAUCAAUGUCAAUCUUACAGGUUUUUUGUUGUUUUGCUAACCUCUGAAGUUUAAAGCAGAAAGGUAAUGCAAUGAAAUUUUGACUUGAUGAAUGUUUUUUUACUCAGUAAAAUGAAAACACAAAUAUAUUGCUG